AUGGCUGAAAUACGCGAUAAUAAGCCAAAUUUCAAACUUCCUUCUUAUUGGGAUGAUGACAAUGAUUGUGACAUCAUUGUUAAGGAUAUGUCAGAUCCGAAUGAACAGGUUUUGACAGCAGCUGAAAACGGUGAUAUAGAGUUGCUCAAAAGUUUGAUCAAUGAUUGUCCUUCAUUAUUAUUGGCUCGUGAUGCUGAUGGUUAUACUGCAUUGCACCGAGCAGCUUACAAUGGGCAUCUAGAGGUUGUCAAUUAUUUAUUGUCAAUUGGAGCUGAUCCAGAAUGGAAGACAAAUAAUGGUUGGACAGUUUUGCAUUGUGCAGCAACAUGGUCUAUGUAUGAAGUUGUGGCAUUAAUUCUUCGUCACAAUGUUGAUGUGAAUAGUCGAUCAAAUGGUAAUCUCACACCACUUCAUUUGGCCGUCAGCUCUAAUCAGCCAGAAGAUCGAGUCCUUACAACUGUUCGUUACCUUCUUGAAGCACCAGGUAUCGAUGCCGCUAUAAUAUCGAAUUCAGGUGAUUCGCCAUUACAAUUAGCCAGAAGAAUGUCAGGAAAAGUCACAGAAAUGCUUACUCUUUACUUUAGCAAGCCUUAG